UGAAUUUAAUUAGCCCACCUCUCAUUUCUCUAUUUCCAACAGAAACAAAACCCACAACUCACUCUCUUUCCCAAAUUCCCGCCUUCCCCCCUUUCCCUCCAUCUUCAAUCUCAAUCAUUUUCUCUCUCUCUUUGUCUUCAUGGAUCAACCCGCAAGGAGGAGCUUGAAGCGGAAGCUAGAGCAGGAAUUUCAUGAAGAUAUAGAUGAUCGCAAGGCUCCGGCCACCGACGCCGACGAGAAUUGCAAAGAUUUGGCGCGUGAUGUCCAAGCCCAAGUGGAUAUCCUUAAAUCUACUUUCUCUUCUUUAGAAGCCGAUCGCGUGGCUGCCAAGGGCGCCGCUCACUUCCUCUCUCAGCUCGCCAAGAACGAAGAAUUUGUGAAUUUGAUCGUGGACUGUGGCGCUGUGCCAGCGCUGGUCAUGCAUCUUCAGGCGCCACCGCCUUUGAGAGGUGAAAGUAGUCCAAAAACAUACGAGCAUGAGGUGGAGAAACGAAGUGCUUUCGCGCUUGGACUUCUCGCUGUGAAACCUGAGCAUCAACAACUUAUAGUAGAUGCUGGAGCUCUAGUCCAUCUUGUGGGCUUGUUGAAGAGACGCAAGAGUAGUGGUAAUUCUCAAGCAGUCAAUAGUGUUAUUAGGAGAGCAGCUGAUGCAAUCACUAACCUUGCUCAUGAGAAUAAUGACAUUAAAACUCGUGUCAGGAUUGAAGGUGGCAUCCUGCCUCUUGUUGAACUGCUUGAGUUUGUUGAUGUAAAGGUACAGAGAGCAGCUGCAGGGGCUCUACGGACCCUUGCAUUUAAAAAUGAUGAAAACAAAAAUCAGAUUGUAGAAUGCAAUGCUCUACCCACUCUUAUACUGAUGCUUCGAUCAGAGGAUACUACCAUACAUUAUGAAGCGGUUGGUGUUAUUGGAAAUCUGGUCCACUCAUCCCCCAACAUAAAGAAAGAAGUACUUCUUGCUGGAGCUUUACAACCUGUGAUUGGAUUGCUUAGCUCCUCCUGUUCAGAAAGCCAAAGAGAAGCAGCAUUGUUAUUGGGUCAAUUUGCUUCUGUUGAUUCAGAUUGCAAGGUGCACAUAGUUCAAAGAGGAGCUGUUGGGCCAUUAAUUGAUAUGCUUGAGUCUCCAGAUGUGCAACUUAAAGAAAUGUCAGCCUUUGCACUUGGGCGGUUGGCACAGGAGACACACAACCAAGCUGGCAUUGCCCAUAAUGGUGGCAUAAUGUCAUUGCUUAAGCUUCUUGAAUCAAAGAAUGGACCUUUGCAACAUAAUGCCGCUUUUGCUCUAUAUGGUCUUGCAGAUAAUGAGGAUAAUGUUGUGGAGCUUGUCAAGGUUGGUGGUGUUCAGAAACUCCAAGAUGGAGAAUUCAUUGCUCAAGCAACAAAGGAUUGUGUUGCAAAAACAUUGAAAAGACUAGAGGAGAAGAUUCAUGGACGAGUUUUGAGCCACCACUUAUAUUUGAUGCGGGUUGCAGAGAAAGCUGUCCAGAUACGAAUUGCUUUGUCUCUUGCUCAUCUCUGUGCCCCUGAUGAUCGAAAAACUAUUUUUCUUGAUAACAAUGGAUUAGGGUUGCUGCUGGGGCUUCUUGAGUCUGGAAACCAGAGGCAGCAACAUGAUGGUGCUGCGGCUUUGUACAAAUUGGCCACCAAAACCACUUCAGUUUCCCUUUUUGAUGCAGCUCCUCUAUCACCAACCCCACAGGUAUAUUUGGGCGAGCAAUAUGUAAACAAUCCCACAUUGUCUGAUGUUACGUUCUUAGUUGAAGGUAAACGGUUCUAUGCUCAUAGAAUUUGUCUGCUUGCGUCUUCGGAUGCUUUCCGAGCAAUGUUUGAUGGGGGUUACAGGGAGAGGGAUGCUAAAGAUGUAGAGAUUCCAAAUAUUAGAUGGGAUGUUUUUGAGUUGAUGAUGAGGUUCAUAUAUACAGGAUCUGUGGAUGUUGAUAUUGAGGUUGCACAGGAUCUUCUUAGAGCUGCUGAUCAAUAUCUCUUGGAAGGCCUUAAGCGACUCUGCGAGUAUGCUAUUGCACAGGAUGUUUCUGUGGAAAAUGUUUCACUUAUAUACGAGUUAUCAGAGGGCUUUAAUGCUAGAUCAUUGAUGGAAGCUUGCAUAUUGUUUAUAUUUGGGCAAUUUGACAAGUUGAGUUCCAAGCCAUGGUGUUCUAAUUUGAUCCAACGCAUUCUGCCCGAAGUACACAACUACUUCAUUAAACAAUUUACCAAGUCCAUCCAAGCUUAACUAGAAGGAACCGUAGAUGAUUCAUUUGGUUUUGAUCUUUAACUAACCACUAAGAUUGAAGAUGAGGAAUGUACAGAAAUUCUGGAGUUGAGCUAAUGUGGCUAAUCCUCUUUUUAAGUGAGCAUAGUCAGUAUCCCAAGAUAAUACAAAUGGCACAAUUUUUUUUAGCAAGCAUUCAUAUUGGCUCUGUGGAAAUAAGGUUCUAAUGGAUCUACUCGUGGCUAAGUUCUGGGCGCAAUGUUGGAACAAUUUGUUUUAACGGAAGAAUAACAAUUCAUUCUGUAAUUAUGACGAAGAAAAAUGUUACAUUUACUCCAUUAAAUUUUACAUGAUUUCUGGAAAA